UUCUGAAUCCUAAAUCUAAAAUGUAUAAGAUGGCCGUGAAAUAUAUUCAGUGACAGUGUACGAGAUUUUCGAAGUUCAUUUAACUUUAUAAAUAGUAAACAAUUUGUUCAAAUAUUAAAAUAUUAUGCCGAGACGAUGUAACGAUGAAGCAUCUGAUCAGGAACCACCAAGAAAAAAAGGUUCAAGUGGCAUUACUAAUGGCAUAGAUUUAAAGCAGGGCGAAGUAAUAACUGAUAUAAGUGGUAAAAAAUGGAAAUUAGGAAAACCCAUUGGAAUUGGCGGUUUUGGAGAAAUAUAUCAGGCCUUUGAUAAUGUUCUGAGAGACAUUAAGACUGACAACACGUCUCAUGUUGCCAAGAUUGAGCGACAUACAAAUGGCCCUUUAUUUGUAGAAAUAAAUUGCUAUCUUAGGAUUGCGAAACAGCAAAUGAUUGAUGAAUGGAAAAAGGAAAAAAACUUAUCCUUUCUCGGAAUGCCUCAUUAUAUAGCCUCAGGUUCGCAUGUUUAUAGCGGUGAAAAAUAUCGCUUCCUUAUAUUACCCCGUUACAAAAAAGACUUGCAAGAAGUUUUUCAAGAAAAGAAAGUAUUUAACCUAAAAACUGUAUUGACAAUAUCGAUUCAAAUUUUGGAUGUAUUAGAAUAUAUUCACAAUAAAGGUUAUGUACACUCGGAUAUUAAGGCUUCAAAUAUCAUGUUAGGUAAGGAAUUGAAGAAAAAUCUACUUUUACCGAACAGAAAGCCAACUAGAACAAUCGGUACACGGAAUAACCAAAAGAGGGUUAGAACGCCCUGCACUAAGAAUUUACGUCCAGUAGGAAGUAUUAAUUAUAUAGAUGAUAUACCGUACCUUGACGAAGUUCUGAAUAUGUACAAUAAAUGGUAUAAUACAGACGUGCCUCUACAGAAACCCAAAAAAGAAAACGAUUACAAAUCUGACCAAGUGUAUUUACUAGACUAUGGACUUGCAUCGAAAUAUUUACUAGUUAAUGGUGAACACAGAGCAUUUUGUAGGGAUGAGCGACGAGCUCAUGCUGGCACAGUAUUGUUUUGUUCUAGAGAUGCUCACAAAGGCGUUCCUUCGAGACGAUCGGAUUUAGAAUCGUUAGCUUAUAACAUGAUUUAUUGGUUAACGGGCAGUCUUCCGUGGCUGGACGAUAUAGAGCAGCCACCCGCAGUUGAAAAGAAGAAAAUGAAGUGUUUCAAGAGCCUGAAAGGUUUCUUGGAAGUCUGUUUCAAUAACGACUAUCCCGACUUUUUACUGGAGUACUUUAAUUAUUUAAGCAGGUUAAAGUUCGAGGAAAGUCCGGAUUAUGACUACAUUAGGAAUUUAUUUAGUAAUGCCGUAAAGCGUUACGGGUACAAGAACGAUUCGAGGCUAGAUUUCGAUAAUUUGGAAAGUGGUAAAAGCCGACAGAAGAAAGUAAGACGUAAAAUAAUUGGUUGUGAAAAUAAAAAACUGUUCCCAAGUUUCUUAAUGAGCAGUCCCCUUAUGCCCCUUCAGUCAAACAUUAUUUUUAAGAGGCCAAAACUUAGAAAGAAGGUAAAAAACAAGAAGAUAAAGGAUAGCGCAAUGAAUUGGUCUAAAAUUUUAAUGGAUCCCGAAACUAUUAUGAAGCAAGCUACGAGGGAACGGAAGACAACGGAGGGCAGUGAUCAGGGUACAAUUACAUUGUCCACAAGGGAUUUGUAUAGCAUGAAUCCUACUUAUGCCAUGCUGGAAGUUUAUAACAAAUGUAAGGACCGAGACGUUUCCCCAAGAUAUAAAGGAGACAACGCUCUUGAAUUGGACAACAUCGAUGGUUAUACUCCUGCUAUGAUGAUUGUUUAUAAGAGAAUGAAAGAACGGCAAGAGUUUGAGUAUGAACAGGCUCUUUUAAUGAAUAAUAAUAACAAAACAAGUAGCAAAGGUUCCCGUUGUUCGACAAGAAAGCGGUUGUCGAAACGGAGUAUACGUCCCGAGUCAUCACCUCUUCAACGAUCAUCAUCACGAGCAAAGUCUCAAUCCCUUGUUCUUCAGAAGAAAGAAGUCCCACAUCUGAAAAGGGUAAAGAGCAUUCCUUUGCGAAGAACUUAUAGCUUAAGGGGUUAAAGCAACUAGUUUUUACCAUUCAACGAUUUGGAUGUUUAUAAAUCAGCAUUAUAAAUAUAUUUUUGUAAGACUGUUGCAUACAUUUCUGUAGAGUUAGUUUCCUUUUUGCAAAAAUUCGUUAUUGGUUCAAGUUAUUAUGUUCGUUUGUGAAUUUUAUCAGGAAAGUGAGACUGACGGUUGAAUAAUUUUGAUAAAAAUGCAGAUACAAAAUUUGGUAUUACAGUUUUUUUUUUACAUGAACUUAAUAACGUUUAGGACAAGUUCGUUAUGUUAAAGCUUAUUUUAGUGGCAGUGUUGUGCAUGGUAUAGUAAAUAUUCUCGAAAUCAUUAGAAAUGUAGUUACUAACGUAACUGAUAAUUCAUUGAAAAUUUAACAAGGAAUUAAAUAAAUCUGAAUAAUAUAUGACCACAGACGGAAAAUAUAAUUAUUGUAAAGUAGUUCCUUCUCUAUAUUUGUAUGCAUAUUUAAACUUCGCUAGACUAUUUAUGAAACUCUUCGUGUAUCAUUAAGUAAAUAUUGCUGUAAAUAAAAAUACAUCAUGAUACUGUACACAUACGUAGGUCAUAAGUUAAUGUUUUUGUUUAUUUUUAUAACCUGUGAUUUAUUUUUAUAAUAAAUGUGGUUGGUAUCAUUA